AUGAAGAGGUCUAUCCCUAGAAUAGAAGAUAUGGUCAAGAAUAAAGGCUUCUUGCCAUCAGGACCUUCAGAAAUACAUAUACAAAGAAAUCAUAUCAAGGAUAUCAUUGAUUCUUUGCUUCCUGCAUGCCACAGUCAUUACCCAGAGUCUAAUGCAAUAUUUGAAGCAGAAGCGAUAAUUGCCAAUCCUCCAGCAUAUGUUGAUGGUUUAAUCUGGCUUGGAAAACGAGACUUGAUAAAUGAGUUUAGGAAGAAAAGGCUGAAGCUAAAGCCCGUUACUUAUCUAAGUGGAUCUUACACUCACCCUUUUGAUGUGCCCCAUGGUUAUAUAUGGAGCCCUCACUUAGUCCCUAAACCAAAAGACUGGGGACCUAAGAUUGAUUUCGUUGGAUUUUGUUUCCUUGACCUUGCUUCAGAUUAUGAACCACCAAAAUCGCUAGUAGAUUGGCUUGAAGAGGGCGAAAAACCUAUUUAUGUUGGAUUUCGUAGCCUUGUGAGUUCUAUGUUCAUGUGUUUAGGUCAUCUCGAUAACCCUCUCGAUGAAUCUGCAGAUUUCACUAUAAAAAUAACUUUUACAAGUAACAUUUGCUAG